AUGGAUCCCUCGAGGCGAGAAAGCUCGUCAGCUGCGCGCCCAGGCGACUCGUCUGGUGCGACGUCUCCGGCAGACACGCGCAAUCCUCCUACUCGAACCGAGUCUACAACUCGUGCUGAGGACGACGGCUUGUCCGAGAGCUUCCAGUCCACUGACACAAUGCGACGGAGGCCUGAGGGUUAUGGUUCGAUAAGCGGACCGGCUGCCUCCAGCUCUAAUCUUCAACCUGCCGAAUCAUCCCAAGAACGCACAUCAUCUCGACCCUCUCAAUCAUCGCGUGCCUCCAAGGGCCCUGAACGAGUGCGAUCCGUCACCCGACUUCGAAAGCCCCCUAUGCCUCGACGCCCAUCCUCGACGCCCCAUCGCGGCGGCGUCUACUCUGUUGACGACGAGGCGCACGAGGUCGAGGCCGACGCUGCUGAGCGCCAGCAGACAUACCGUCGCAGACCACAGCUCCCGACCCAGCUAUCCCGCGUCCAAUCGCGCCAAGACGACAACGAUGAUAACGACGAUGAUAUCAAUGAAGAUACCGAAGAUCCCUCCGAUAGCGCCGCCGACAACGAAGAACCUCAUGCAGAAGAGCUUGACCUAGAAGACCAUGUUGACUGCGAGUCUGAUGGCGAGGUUAGCGAGGCCGAAAGCUUCACCCUCAAGGAUCGACAGCAGGCCAUCAACCAGACCCAUCCUUUCGGUAUCCGUGUAUGGAAGCCUGCGCUGUACAAGAAGGAUCGUUCGAUCCAAAAGUUUGCUCAGGCUGAUAUUCACUCGGCUCCGGGUGGCAGAGUGAGCAACUGGCUCCUUGCUUUCAACCUGUUCUGGACUCUCCUGUUCGGUUGGUGGAUGGCCUCUCUGGCAGCUCUGGGCGCCAUAACCUGUCUGCUUUUCUCUGCCGCUCCUAGUGGGAGAGAGUAUGGAAGAGUCCUCUGGGGUCUUGCAGGAUACCUGUUUUACCCCUUUGGCAAGUUUGUGCGUCUGGAGAAGGACGAGGCCUACAUGGACGAGGAUCAAGAUGAAGGCCGCAGCAUUUCAGAGUACGAGCAAUGGCAGAGCGGAGACCUCGAGUACGGACGACUCUUUUUCGGACCUGAUCGUAAUCGCUCGAUUAUAGGGCGCUCGAGGAGAAGCAUUGAUUCUGAGCCCAGUGAGACUGAGAGCCUACUCGGCCGCGGUCGACGCGGUGAGAGUUCUGAGCUGCCUCCCCGAAUCAAGCGGAGACUAUUUGGUCGUGGUCAGUGGAACAUUGGUCGAGUUAUCUUCUUCGUCUUCUUCUACUGUCUGAUCUCGCCCUCGCUCAUCAUCGUGUCUGGCAUCUGUUGGUUCUUGGUGUUUUGGAUUCCCAUGGGUAAGGCGACAUUCCUGCUCUUCGACCACCUACGACGACACCCUCUGGCAUUAUCCUUUGAGACGGACAUUAGAUAUGUGCGGUCUGAUGAUGCCACCGCGUCUUCGAUCUUGCUUUGCACCUACCGUGCUGUGGGCUCCAGAUACUGGAAGUAUACGGUCGACGGAACCAACAUCUUCCUUAUCAACCUCAUGGUGGUGGUUGGCUUCGUUAUUCUCGACUGGCUCGUUCUCGAGGGCGUGUUCCACGUGGAGGGCUUCAUUACGUCGCCUGCCUUCUUGUUCGUUGCUGGGCUUUUGUCUAUUAUUCCUUUGGCCUACUUCAUUGGACAGGCCGUUGCCUCCAUUUCAGCCCAAUCCUCGAUGGGUGUGGGUGCUGCUAUCAACGCCUUCUUCGCAACUGUGGUCGAGGUAUUCCUGUACUGUGUUGCCCUGACCCAAGGCAAGGGCCAACUUGUCGAGGGAAGUAUCGUGGGCAGUAUCUUUGCCGGUAUCCUGUUCCUGCCUGGUAUCUCGAUGUGCUUUGGUGCCCUCAAGCGAAAGACGCAACGAUUCAACGCCCGGUCUGCCGGUGUUACGUCUACUAUGUUGUUGUUUGCCGUGGUUGGUGCUUUUGGCCCUACUCUGUUCUACCAGAUCUACGGAACUCACGAGCUUAACUGCACUGAAUGUGAGGACUACGGCUCUGGGGAUAGCGGCCGAGACUGUCGCCGUUGCUACUUUUCGCAGGCUCCUUCGCUCAGCGACAGGUUCUAUCUUGAGGCAGUUCGCCCUUACUGCUACAUGGCUGCUGCCAUGCUGUUCUUCUCGUACCUCAUUGGUCUCUGGUUCACUCUUCGAACGCACGCUGCUGUUAUUUGGAACGCCGAGAUUGACGAGAAGCGACACGAGGAGCACAUGCAUUCAAUGCAUUCAUCCAGCGUUCGACCUUCUCAGGCUCAUGCUCCGGCCGUUGCCGAUGCCAGUGGAAACGAUGUUCGCGAUUCUCACCUCUACAAGCGUAUCCUGGGCCAGUCAUUGAAGCAGUCUGGUCUACCUGAGGAACUGUCUCGUCAGGGUUCUACUGCCACACAGGUACUGUCUACUUCCAACGGUUCUACCUCGACUCCACACGUUGUCCCCCCGAAGUCCAGCGGCGGCGAGCCUGCUCGAUCCGCCCUUCACGUUCCUGGUCUCAGCGAUGCCGACAAUAAGCUCCUUGCCCGCGAGGUGGCUGAGAUUGCCGCGACUGCUGCCACUAUUGCCUCCCGUGAGCGCAUCUCGAGAAGGCCAUCUGCUCUUCCUGUAGCCCACGCUGCAGGCUCUCGUCCCCAGGCUGCCACGCGUCCACCUCACCAUGAGGCCGAGACAGAGCCCCCUGCCACUGAAGCUCAUGCCAGUCAUGGCCACGAUGCCCCCAACUGGAGUCGUACCAAGAGUUCCGUGAUCCUCCUCGGAGCUACUGUUUUGUACGCUAUCAUUGCUGAGAUUUUGGUUGAUACCGUGGAUGUUGUCCUGGAGAGCUUUUCGAUUGAUCAAAAGUUCCUUGGUAUUACCCUGUUUGCUCUUGUACCCAACACGACUGAGUUCUUGAACGCCAUCUCGUUCGCUAUGAACGGAAACAUCGCCUUGUCCAUGGAAAUUGGUUCAGCCUACGCUCUGCAAGUCUGCCUGCUUCAGAUCCCCGCACUCGUCUUUUACUCUGCGUUCUGGCCAGGUGUUCCUGCUGGUGGUGAUCCGGCAUUGUACACCUUCUCCCUCCUGUUCCCUCAGUGGGAUAUGGUGACGGUUAUCCUGUGCGUGUUCUUGUUGAGCUACAUGUACGGAGAAGGAAAGAGCAACUACUUCAAGGGCAGCAUCCUUAUGCUGACCUAUCUUGUUGUUGUUAUCGGCUACUACUUCAGUGGCUUCACCUCUGAUGCUAUGGGUAUGCAGAGGUUCGACGUCAUGGGAGCCGAUGGUCAGUAUCAGAGUUACAAGACGAUUGGCAGGUCGACGAAUGGAAGGGCAUUUCAGGUUUGA